AUGAAGGCGAUGUUUCAAGGACAUUUCAGAGAAAGCACGUCUAGAGUUAUAUCUUUUCCAGGUGUGAGAAUGUACGCGUUCCAUAUACUGCUGUGUUAUAUAUAUUCAGAUAAGAUUCCUAUUGUUGAACCUACACGGAGUUUAGAACUACUGGAACUAGCGAAUAGACUCUGUAUGAAUAGACUCGUGAGUUUAGUGGAGGCGAGAGUUAUAGAUCAAUUGCAGCAUCAAGAUAGAUUAGGUGAAGACGAUCAAGUAGUGGAAAUAGCGUUAUCAUUGUUGGAACCUGUUAAGUUACACAACGCUCACAAUCUGUCCGAGUGGUGUACUUGGCGUCUGUGUGGUGCCUAUGACCGAGUCUGUCGCGCCAAACAUCUCAGUUUAUCAUCAAGAGAAUAUCUAGCUGAUAACCGCUGGCCGCCUGUUUGGUAUGUCAAAGAAUUCGACUACUAUCAGAAGUGCGUCGCGGAGCAGUCAAAAGAAUUGAAGGAUCUUAGACCAACUACCUUACAAGCGAAUCAACAAACUGGAUGUUUAUGCUUUUCUAGUAAAGUUCGUCGUGAGAGCGGCCCUGACGCCAGCACCGCUCUCUGCCGCACCGAGCCACAGCAGCCGCCUCUCUGA